GAGCAAGCACGUACACAAGAGCAGAGUGCGUAAAACCAUCUGAUCUGCUAGGCCAGUUGUGAGUGGCUGGUUCAGUUAUUUAGGAUUGAACAACUGUGCAGUGGGUCACGUGACGGCAUCUGCUGCUGGCUGAGCGAAGCGUGUUAGCAGGUAAAGAAAUAAAAAGAUUUUUCUAUUUUGUACAUACAUUGUUUUGUAUAUACUGUAUAUGAUGACUUCAGUGGUCAGCAAUCCAGCUCGAGGAACUCGGGACAGAGCGCUGCCCACUACCACACAAACCACACAACCACAGAAACAGAUAAAAGCCACAGCAGAACAGAUUCGGCUUGCCCAGAUGAUCUAUGACAAAAAUGAUGCAGACUUUGAGGAUAAGGUCAAACAGCUGAUUGAGGUGACUGGGAAGACCCAAGAUGAGUGCAUGGUGGCCCUCCAUGACUGCAAUGAGGAUGUCAACAGAGCCAUCAAUUUCCUGCUGGAAAGCACCUCUGACACAACCACCUGGGAGACAGUUGGGAAAAAGGCGCGAGGGAAGGAGGGAGGUCCCUCGGAGAUGAAGGACAACCGAGAGAAGAGAGGUGAUCGCGAGGCAAGCCGGAGCCGCGGGGUCCCCAACAGGAGGGGCCGUGGAACCAACCGCAGCAGAGAGGUGCGGCCAGAAGAGAAUGGAUUUGAAAUGUGUUCUGGGGAUAAAGUGGCAGACCGUGGUCGCAGGGGGAGGGGCGUUGCUGGCAGAGGGUUGGGGGGUCGCGGAAGGGGAAGAGCAGCUGGUGGUAGCAGGUUCUCCUCUCAGGGGAUGGGGAUCUUCAACCCCGCCGACUACAACGCUAACUCUAGCGGGUCUCGCCAGGAAACCUGGGAAGCAGAGGGGAACGAAGGUGGAGAUGGUAUAGGAGGAACAUGGAGAGGCAACUUGGAAGACUGGGCUGCAGAAGACUGGAAUGAGGAUCUGUCUGAAACCAAAGUGUUCACUGCCUCUGCUCCUGCGAACCACAUCACAUCUGGACACAAUGUGGACAUGGGCUCGCUGCUGCCCAAGACGGGCGGUGUGGAGGCGGAUCUGGGUGGCAUGGAGCCCCCUGCCGCUGUGUGCGUGGGGGGCCAGAGCCUGGUGUUCACCAACUCUCACCACAACUGCGCUCGCACCGCCACACACAGCUAUGCCAGCGCCGCCUCUGGCACUAGCUACACCCACGGUGCCCUGUCCUCAGUCCUUGGCUCUGGUUUUGGGGCUCUGAGUGGGCCGAAACCGACCCCGGCUGAGGUUAGGAUACCAGAGCAGCUCAACGGGCCCCAGCUCACCCCGCGGACCCAUCAGCAGCUGGUCACCGCGGGCAACAGCAGUGUCGCCAAAGAAUCCGGUCCACCUGCAGUUCAAGGCUCCGCCCCCAUUUCUGCCAGUGAAACCAAGGCCCCGGGAGUGGAGAAGGGCCCUGUUCCAACCUCUCACUUGGAUCUAAAGAUGCAGCCGGAGCCGUCCGCUGUCCUCAGCCAGCUGGCCCAGCGGCAGCAGCAGGCCCAGCAUAGCUCCCUGCCCCAGGCAGAGCCUCUGUCUCUUCCCCCCCAGGUCCCUACUCCCCCAGGCCACUACGACGCCGGGCCCCCGCCUCCCAGAGACGGACCCUCCCUGGACCAUCAGGCUCCUAUGGCUGAACCCCCACAGAGGCAGAUCAAGACCCAGAGACGCAGAGUACCUCCUCCCUCAAAGAUCCCCUCAUCUGCGGUGGAGAUGCCAGGCUCAGCAGAUGUGUCUGGCCUCAACGUGCAGUUUGGGGCCCUGGACUUUGACUCGGAGCCCAGUGUGAUUGACAUGGGCCACCAGGCUGAGCCUGCCAGGGAGCCGGCCCCCACAGCUGUACCCCAGCCCCAAAGCAGCUUGUUUUCCAAACCUGGACCAGUCAGUGAGCCCCUUGGCAGCUUGUUGUCCGUGCCUCCGUCAAUAUCAGACCACAGUUUCCCCUCUCUGGGUUUGCCCAGUGCCACGUCAUCCCCCUCCCCGGGUCUCCCCUGCGCCGCCCCACCCUCCACCCCCUCAGCUAGCAGAGUGGACAACGGCCCCACGCAGGGCAUGCCCCCCCACCUGGGCUACCCCCAGAGCAAAGACGCCCCCGCCGCCCCUCUUGCUGUGAGUCACCCACACUGCACUUGUCAGAAUGGCUAUGGUGGUGUGAGGACUCAGGGCCCACAGGACUCGAUGUCGUUGGCUUCUCGAACCCCUAAGCCCGAAUCACCUCCCAUGAGCAGUGACAGUGGCCCCGUCCACCAUGUUCCCUCCCCAGCCCCCACACCUUCCCACUCUGCCCCUCUGCAAUCUGUCAGCAGUCAUGUGACCAGUACAUACUCAUCAGGAUCUGCCCUCUCCACUAGCUCCUCCCUUACGGUCAGCACGGCGGCGUCUUUUGGGGUUAAUAUGACCAGUGAGGAGAGCAGUAGUCUCCAUGCCUUCUCUUCCUCAUCUGGCCCUUCCAUCAAUGCUGCGGUUAGCAGCUCCAAUGGCAUGAUGCAUGUCCCCGGAGCACCUUGUCUAUCCGCCAGUGGCAACACCGCCCUCUCAGCUGCCGGACGCACUGCCCAACCCCAACCCCUGCUGAACACCACCUCUGGCAAAGCCCCCCCUAACUUGGCCCAAGGAGUGCCCCCUCUGCUGGCUAAUCAGUACAUUAUGGGCCCUGGAGGCCUGCUCCCUGCAUACCCGCAGAUCUAUGGAUAUGAGGACCUACAGAUGCUGCAGUCUCGUCUGCCUAUGGACUACUAUGGAGUUGCAUUCCCUGGUACAACCGCAACAAUGCCUGGCAGAGAUGGGCUAGCCAACAAUCCAUACUCAGGUGAAGCGACCAAGUUUGGCAGAGGGGACUCGUCUUCCCCAGCUCCCCCCACCAGCCUGUCGCAAGGCCCCUCCGCUCAGCCCCAGCAGCCCCCCCAGGCUCAGAGCCAAGGUCUGGGACAGAGCCAGGGCCAGCAGAACCAGGCCUUCCUCAAUCCACCUCUGCCCCCAGGCUACGGCUACACCGGCCUUCCUUACUACGCCGGCAUGCCCGGGGUGCCCAGCGCCUUCCAGUACGGCCCCACCGUUUUUGUGCCUCCGGCCUCGGCCAAGCAGCCCAACAUGGGCUUGGGGAACCCCUCCAGCCAGUACCACCAACAGCAUCAGCCUAGCUACGGCCAGCACGCGUAUGGAACAGCUUUUGACGACCUGUCUCAGGGCCACGCGGGGGAGUACAGUAAGGGAGGGUACGGAGGCUCUGCCCAGUCUCAGGCCAAAUCAGCUGGCAGCGGCCCAGGGAAAGCUCCAGGUUUGUCCAGCUCAGGCAGCAGUGGAGGGGUGCCCGAUAUUGGCGCUUCAAUGUACGGCAAGACACAGUCUUUUGAUAAGCAGGGUUUCCACGCGGGAACGCCCCCUCCCUUCAGCCUGCCGUCUGCGCUGGGGGGCACGGGCCCUCUGAACCCCGGCGGUGCCCCCGGUUACGCCCCGCCACCCUUCCUCCACAUUCUGCCUGCCCACCAGCAGCCACACUCCCAGCUGCUACACCACCACCUCACCCAAGACGGACAGGGUGGUCCGGGUCAGCGCAACCAGUCCAGCAGCAUGCAGCAGAAGAGCCAGGGCAACAAGUCCAGUUAUGGAAGCCCUUACUGGGCCAACUGAAGGGUACACCUGGGGAGUCUGUCCUGGCCCCCCAUCCUAAAGGCUGUGUGUCCCUUCUCCAACUCCCCCAUUCAUUUUUCUUUCUCUUUUCCUUUUUCAAAAUUGGUUGUACAUGUAAGAUAUUUAUGUAUGUAUUUAUAUAUAUAUAUAUAUACUGUAUAUGUAAUAGUAGAACAUGAAAUGUGGUUGCUGCAUUUUAUUUUUGAAAGACGUUUUUGUUUACUUUUUCAAAACUGCAGGAAGACAUUACAAAAAUACAUCUGAGAACUCCUAUAGAGGAAAAUGGAAAAGGAGAGCUUUAGCACUGAGCAAAAUGAGGACAUCUCAGAUGGGGGGUUUCCACAUUAACAAACUACAUUUGUCUCCCUUUUUUUUAUACACAACUUGAGUUAUCCUGCUUAUCCCCUUCAUUUUCACCUUUUAAAAACUUCAGCCGUAGGUCUGCCGUGGGUGGCUCUGGCAGGGGGGGCUGCCUCUGUGCCUUCCGCCGCAUCGAUACGCCUCAAAGACCUGCCCAUUAAAAUUGUAUAUUUUAAUUUCAUUUUAACCGUUUCCAUCUGAAUAAAAGUUCUGAGCAGUAAUCA